AUGGCUCAGGGCAAGUUGAGGGUUUCGAAGGCCGUGCCUGAUGCACUGAAACGAAAGAAAAGUGGUGGCUCACAGAAGAAGAAGAUGGGCAAAAUGAAGAAGGGCCAGAGGAUUAUAGCAGCUAAAAAGCAGAAUGUUGACUUAAAGAACAUGAAAAAGAAUUUUGAGAAGCACAACGCCACACGCCCAUCCUAUUUCAUAAACGAAUUGGAAGCAGAACCCACCACGCCAAGGUGA